GUGAUGGCGCGAUGUUUCUGUAAUUUCACAAUGUAGUUUCAAAGAGCAGGUUUUUAGCACUUCAUCGCCGUGCUCUCCACCUCCAAGAAGACAGUUACAUGCAGAAUAAAGGGUAUCGCGGGAAAUAAUCACAUUUCUACGAUAUUUCACAACUCACCAGAAUGUUGAAGGAAGCAGACACUGUAAAUCAUCCCUAUUGGCCACGCAACCUGUCCAUUCCCAACUAUGUGGCUAAUGACCGUUCAAUGUCAGAGAUCCUGGUAUUCCUGUUCUCUGUGUCUGGGAUACUGCUGCUCGCCACCUGGUCACUGACUGGCCGUCAGGUGUCCGGAAGAAGUCUUGGCGGAGGGAGGAGGUUAGCUCUGUGCUGGUUCACCGUGUGCGGCUUCAUCCAUGGGGUCAUCGAGGGAUGGUUCUCUUUAUACUACACCAUCAUACCCGAAGACCAGAGUUUCCUUUCUCAACUGUGGAAAGAAUAUUCCAAAGGAGACAGCAGAUAUGCGAUAGCGGAUAAUUUCACUGUUAGCAUGGAGACGGUGACCGCGUGCCUGUGGGGUCCCUUCAGUAUAUGGAUUGUUUUGGCCUUCCUGUAUAACCAUUCUUACAGAUUUGUCCUGCAGCUCAUUGUGUCUCUAGGUCAGCUGUAUGGUGCCGUCCUCUACUUCUUCACUGAGCACAGAAAUGGAUAUAUUCACAGCGAAUACGGUCACCCCAUCUAUUUCUGGUUCUACUUUGUGUUUAUGAAUGUUUUGUGGAUUGUCAUUCCUUUCAUUCUUAUAGCAGACUCAUGGUGUCAGCUAUCUGCCUGCCAAUCCAUGUUUGAUAAAGUAGCACAUAAAGGCAAGUCUAAAAGAAGCUAGACGAGUAGACAAUGGAAGAGAUGUUAAAAAAGUACUGAAAUAAAACACUUGGGAAUGUAUACGUACACAUAUGUGAGGAGAUAAUAUAUUUUGAAUGUAAUUUUAUAAUAAUAGUGUCAUUCCUGGAAGAAAAUGCAAAAUGCCGUAAGUGUAAUGUGACAUAUUGAUUACAGAAAUGAAAAUGUUGAUUAAAUGCUCAGAAUAGUGCUCUAGUUUUUAUGACACCGUUGCACUGUAUCGGUUCUCUCUGCUCAGGUGCCUUUCUUCCUGUUGUAUUUUAUCAAAUUGUUAUAUCUGAGGUUUUAUUAAAUGUUGCACCCCUUA